AUUUGGGUUAAGGACGUUAAUUUUGAGCCCAAAGAAAUAAUGAUCUUAGGUCCAGGACACGUUGAAUUUGAGCCCAAAGAAAAAAUUAUAUUUUACCGGACUUGCGAAUUUUUGACUAAAGGAUUCUAUAUGGGUAAAUAGGGUGGAGGGUUCGAACAGCUUCGAAAGAAAAUAAUGAUUUUUCGUAAGAACGAACCACGUCACUAUUACAGAUUGAGACAGUAUCUAUACUUCCACAUCAGCGUUUGACAGGUGGCAACCAAACAUCCAUAUACUCAAACAAUCCAAUGAAAAAAUUCGAACUUAUCCGACCUUAUCUUGUAGCGAAAAAUCUCUCUCCUCCGAUUAUUACUUCUCUCAGCUUCGCAUCAUCAUCACUCGGACAAGCACAAACAUCUGAGACUUGUCGUCAUGGCAACUUCUCUCCAAGCCGCAGCAACUUUUAUUCAGCCGGCGAAAAUCGCCGCUUCUCCUUCUCGCAACGUCCAUCUCCGAUCAAACCAAUCCGUUGGCAAGUCCUUUGGGCUUGACUCUUCAGCUGCUAGACUCACUUGCUCCCUCCAGACUGAGUUCAAAGACUUCGCCGGAAAAUGCUCCGAUGCCGCCAAAAUCGCCGGUUUCGCUCUCGCCACCUCUGCUCUUGUCGUCUCGGGGGCAAGUGCGGAGGGAGCACCAAAGAGGCUAACGUACGACGAGAUACAGAGCAAGACCUACAUGGAGGUUAAGGGCACCGGCACGGCGAACCAGUGUCCGACUAUCGACGGUGGAUCCGAGACGUUCUCAUUCAAGCCUGGUAAGUACACUGGCAAGAAAUUCUGCUUCGAGCCUACUUCCUUCACCGUCAAGGCAGAUAGCGUCAGCAAGAAUGCCCCGCCGGAUUUCCAAAACACUAAGCUCAUGACCCGUCUCACUUACACACUCGACGAGAUCGAAGGACCUUUCGAGGUUAGUUCAGAUGGAAGCGUGAAGUUCAAGGAAGAAGAUGGGAUCGAUUACGCGGCAGUGACAGUCCAGCUUCCGGGAGGAGAACGUGUACCGUUCCUCUUCACGGUUAAGCAGCUCGAGGCUUCGGGCAAACCGGACAGCUUCAGUGGCAAAUUCUUGGUUCCUUCGUACCGUGGCUCGUCUUUCUUGGACCCUAAGGGUCGUGGUGGAUCCACUGGAUACGAUAAUGCAGUGGCUUUGCCAGCCGGAGGCAGAGGAGACGAGGAAGAGUUGUCGAAGGAAAACGUCAAGAACACGGCCGCUUCUGUCGGAGAGAUCACGUUGAAGAUCACAAAGAGCAAGCCGGAGACAGGGGAAGUGAUCGGAGUAUUCGAGAGUCUUCAGCCGUCGGAUACUGACUUGGGUGCUAAGGUACCAAAGGAUGUGAAGAUCCAAGGGGUUUGGUAUGGUCAGCUUGAGUGAUGAUUCUAAUUCAAAACUCUUGUCAAAACCUCUUCUUUAUGUUAAUGAAAAUGCCCAAUAAAUAAAUUACAUAUUAUAUCGAUAAAUAAUUUGAGAAAUUAAGCUUCAGUUCAAUUUUCUAGCUACACGAAAGUUUAAUGAACCGUAACAAAUGGAACAUGGAUUGGAGCGGGACGAAGAUUGUCAGUUACGUAUUGUUGUUAGGAAUUAAAAAAAUGUGUUGUGUCAGUUUUUUUUUUCUUCAUUAAUUUGUAUAAAUAUGAUUAGGUGAAUUAGAGUUUGGUGUGAUGGUAUGUUUCAGUAUUAUAGAUGAGAGUAUAGUGGAAUUAUUUUGCUUUUUUCUUCUAAUAAUUAAUACGAAGUUGACUAAGUUUUUAUUUGA